CGCAGAGUUUUUAGUUUUUAUUUACAGCCUGAGAAGCAAACAUCAGCUGAGACACUGCGCACUGGGACAGGGAAGGUGAUGCAAAACCUCCUCCUUAAUAAAAUCAGAUCUGAAAUGUCAGCGACACUGUGGAGCAGCAACAAGUGAAGUUAGCCAGCUGCGGCUUCGCGCACGCGCGAUUCAUUUGCAGUCUCGCCGCGGAGGAGUGAACAUCUCCUGCUGUAGCUGCAGCCGGGAGGGACUGCUGGACGAGGACCGGGCGGCCCGUGAGCGCCUCGGAAAGGGGGAGGGGCCCUCUGCGCUGGUUGGAUCUUCUUUAGGCCAACCUCCUGUUGGAGAGGAGGAGGGUUCAGACACUGCUUUGGUCUCGGUGUUUUCAGCCAGAGUCAGUGAAUUCUCAAACACUGCUUUGGUCUCGGUGUUUUCAGCCAGAGUCAGUGAAUUCUCAAACACUGCUUUGGUCUCGGUGUUUUCAGCCAGAGUCAGUGAAUUCUCAAACACUGCUUUGAACUCGGUGUUUUCAGCCACUAUUUAAGGUUGGACAAUCUGCCAUGGAGCUGUUGAAGUCGAGCCUCGGACGGUUGAAGUUUGUUCUCCUUUGUAUGUCGGCUGCUCACAGACCUGAAGCUCAGACCUUGAAGAGACAUAUAACAAGAUAUCUGGUUUAUUACCGCGGCUUUACCACCAACUUUCACGGAGCCCCCCCUCGUUUCAGUUUACCCGACAUAAGUUAUCCUCCCUGAUGUCUUGGACAACCAUGAAGCUUCUUCCUCUCGUGUGUCUCUGUCUCCUGACUCGGUCUGGAACAACGUUUGCUGAUGAACACGGGUCGGGUGUCGUCAGAGUGGUUGUGAAAGAAGGGAGUGACGCCAUUUUACCCUGUUCCCUCAGCACCAAGGAGAACGCUGAGGAGAAACUCUUUGACUGGAAGAAAGAUGGUGGGAAGGAGGUUUUCUUUUAUGUUGGAGGCUUUCAUUAUAAUAACGGCCGUCCAGGUCAAGAUCAGCAGUUCAAAGGUCGCAUCUCACAUUUUCAAGAUGAGCUGAAGUACGGAAACGCCUCCAUCAUCAUCAGAAAAACAAAGGUGACCGACAGUGGAGACUACACCUGUGAUUUUCCACUUCUUCAGCCAAGACAAAUAUUAAAAAUUCAGCUUGUUGUUGAGCUCACCUUCAGAGACCGAUCAGGAGAAAUCACAGGAGCAUCUCCAGAGCCGUCUGUCAAGAUACUUGAACAAACGAAUGAUGGGAUGCUGCUGCUGUGUGAAGUUCUUGGUGCUUUUCCUAAACCUACAGUAGAGUGGCAGGACAGUGCUAAAAAAAUGGUUCCUGCUGAGGAGCCACAGGUCUCAGAAAGAGGAGGCAGCUUCUACAUCACCCUCCUAACUACUGUGAUGAAGACCGACCGCUAUCGCUGUGUAGCCACACAGGAGGAGAUCAGCCAUCAGAUUUAUGCUGAGACCUUUGUGCCAUUCAAUGAGAAACUGUUUGAGGACACGUGCAGCAGAGGGGACGUCACAGGAUGGUUUGGUGGAAUCGUUUUAGGAGCUGUAAUUCUUGCUGCAGUUCAAGCUUUGCUAGUAGCUACAAAGCGCAUCACAGUACGCUGUAAUAAAGGAGCAACUGAAGAGAGAGAGGAAACCUGGGAGAGAGACAAGAUGACAUUGAGCAGAGCAUCUGAACCUGUGUAAUCCAACCUUAGCGCUCCACCAGACUGUAUAACAAAGUGGACACCAUGACUUCACCUGCUGGUUUGUGGACUGCCUUUUUGAAGACUUGAAUGUGGCAUAUUGGCCGUAAUCAUUUGGGGUUUUUUUUAAACAGAAGGGACCAAAUUUACACUAAUCAGGAAAGUGUUUACUCAGGUGAUAAAUCAAGUGAGAAGUCGGGUCAUUUUUAUUUUGACUUCUCUGCAGUCAGACUUGUUUUAGAGGUUCCCUCUUGCCUCUCUCACACUGUUGAGUGAAAACUGAAUUAUCCACUGGACUGUGUUAAAGACAUGAUGGCACCUAAAUGAAAUAGAAGAAGUUACACACAUAUCUCAACAAAACAGAGCUUUAAAAAGGGACCUGUAAUGUAGCCUAUAAACAAUAAUCUAACUUGUACCUUGACCAUGUAGUGCCAAGUUUGCAGCUUGUAAAAUGAGGCAUCAACUCAUUUUAUCAGCUGUUCGAUGAACCUCUGAUCAGUACUGACCACUGCAGAUCCUUUUGGAGAUGCUAUGACCCAGUCUUCUAGCCAUCACAGUUUGCUCAUCUCAAAGUCGCUCAAACCCUCACGCUUACCUAUUUAUCCUGCUUCUAACACAUGAACUUCAUGAUGUCUCAUAGCUCUAUAAACACCAGACAUAUGAUAAACACAUUUAGGGUCCCUGUCCUACACCUGAUGCAGAGCGCCACGAAGCACCGACGCAAUAAUUUUCCCGUCCAGCACUGGCGCCCAGGGGUUUACAGCAGGGGUCGGCAAUGGGCGGGUCAGAACUGCACUUUUAAAAUAAGAUUACAAUGUGAAAGAUUAAUAUUAUAAAUCUAUAUACUUUAUAGUAUGCUUUAUUAUGGUUAGGCCUACUUGUAGGGGUGUAACGAGAUUCGAGAUUGGGUUCUCGAGAUGAGAUUUUAACACUAUUUUAAUUUUAUCUUUAAUACUGAAUUACAUGAAAAGUUUAAGCAGAAAGGCAAGGCAAGUUUAUUUAUAUAGCACAUUUCAACAACAAGGUAAUUCAAAGUGCUUUACAUAAAACAUAAAAGCAACAGGGAAAUAUAAAAAAAGUUUAAAAGCAUCAUAGGGAAAUUGAAAAAAAUACACAUUAAAACAAGUAAACACUUUAUUUCCUGCAUUCUUGAAUGUUAAGUUUUCUGAAUACUUAUAAAGAUCAAUGGCAUAGAACCGUUGCAGCCAGCACAAUAAAGAGAUUUACAAUAAAUGACCAGCAGGUGUCGCACUGCACCUCCGUCAGCUGUGAUCACCUGGAGCCACUGUGUUAAUUCUACAACAGCAACAUUCAUCCUACCUCAAAUGGUCUAGUUAGGCUUGGUUUUAUACUCGAGACUGCCUACAUUUGUACAGAUUCCUGAGUAAGAGAGAGGGGGUUUGGACCUUUGUAGCCAUAGAUUAGAGUCUGUAGCUUCUGUCGAUCUGUCCAAAAUAGCCUAGACGGCAGAUCCAAGCCAAUAAGACCAAAUAACCAUCAUAUUUUAAUAUCUUACUAUUGUACAGGUUUCAUCAAAUUUGCAAAUAAAACAACUGCUGUAUGGAAACGCAAUGAACAUUAAAAGCAAAUUAAAAGAAUAGAAUGUGAUUAAAUAUGACCUCCUCCGCUGUGUCAAAACAGCAGCCAGCUGUAGUUAGCUUAUUAACAUACAUGUUUACUCUCCUGUGAACACAUUGUCACUUAUACAUUUGUAUUUCACAGCGUGAGAAAAUUCAUGUUUGACUUGAUACAUGUGAAAAAUGUCAAUUGCGUGAGUCUCGCGAUACAAAUUUUUACCUGACGAGAAAUCUCGUCACGUUUUAAUCUCGUCACACCCCUACUUACUUUAUUAUAAUGAUCAGAUUUACAGAAUUGCAGUAAUGGCGACUGAAAGUGGUGAAUUAUUUGACCAAUCUUGGCCAAACAUAGGAAUUUAAAAAGACAAGCCAAGAGACGAAGUACAACCUUUUUGAAUGAUGCACCUGAGCCUUUAUUAUAGUAAAGACUUAUUUUAACACAAACCACAACAACUUUUUAAUUAUUCCUCCACUACGCCAUUUCAUCCACUGUCAUUCAUCACAACGACAAAUUCAUGUUAGUUUAAUCUUUUGGUGGAACGAAGAGAACGAGAAUAUUCAUGUCGGACUUGAUGUCGAGUAAAAAUGAACCAAAUUGUGCCUUUUGUUUCGUCCCAGGUGUGAAAAAGACUUUAGGCAGCUAGACAGGGUCAGGACUGAACUGCUGUGAAUGUUUAAUUGUUUGAUUGUUUAAAUAUUUUCUGUGUACUUAAUAUGUACGUAAAGAUAAAUGUAAUGUUACUUUUGUUUUGUUAUUUUAUUCAUCACUUUAUAUUUAUCACGGUGUCAAGAAGGAGCUGCCAGUUAGUAUUUAUGCUGAGAACAAACCGUAUGUAUCAUCAUUUAUUAAGAGCUGAAGCAGAGUCAGGAAGAGUUCAGUAUUUCUCUCUGGAUAUUAUGUACAGCAUUAUGUGUUUUUUACAAAUAUAUUUUCAUGUCUACAAAAAGGCUUUACAAUCAUUAACCCCUAUUUUUAUUUUGAGGGAAAUAAUUGACCCAACACCUGUUUUUGGAUUCUCAAAGUCUUUGAAGACAAAAUGAAUGUAAGCUCUUUAAAAAUCUGUUUCUAAUAAAAUGCAGUCAAUCUAUAAAAA